GGCUCGUUAAUAAUAAACAGUCCUCGGGCUAAAAGAUGGCCUCCAACUCACGUCUUCGUUCGAAGUCUUUGUCUUCUACUGAAGAAGAGCCAAUUUCACCCACUACAGUGACGACUAGUUUCUUCCAUGGCAAAGCAAAAAGAGGACAGUCACUUGAUCUUGAAAGAGGGGACCAUUCUAACCAGCUAAAGGAGCCUCUACUGGAAGCAGACCACGAUAUUGAGCUAGCUUCACCUUGUGGUGAUAUACACAGUGCUCCUGAACAAGUUGAGAGUGGGAAGUUUCGUCGGAGAGCUAAUAAAUGGCGACGAGGUAUGAGGCUGCCCAAAGGGAGGACCCGACGGAAGACAGUGAAUGAUAAGUUUAUUGACUCUUCCAAGAACACUCCUCACUAUGUCAAGCACUGUGCAUCAGAUAACAUGCUGGCGAGAGCAAGACUGCGUAUAUUGCAUGGUGUGGAGUCAAAUAUCACCAAAUCUCUGAGUCUUUUGGUGCUGGUUGCAUACAUUGGUCUGAACACUGCUCAGCUGGUACUGUACGAUACCACCGUCCCUUUUGCUGUGGACGAGGUGUUGCAGCUGCUGGAGCUCAUCUUUGUCACUAUCUUCUCCGUGGAGGUGGGGCUCAGGGUUGUCGGUCAGGGGAGAGUGUACUUUCGUCGUUGGUUUGAAGUGUUUGAUCUGAUCAUAGUCACUUUGUCCACCGUCCUCACCAUUGUGUAUGUGCUACUGGUAGACGCAACCAAGUUCAGAGUGGCUACUGCAACCAUUGCCAUCAGGGUCAUCAGUGGUCUGCGGUACAUUGCUCUGGCGCGUUGUAUACGUCUGUUGUUUUGGUCCAGAGUCAUGGAUGAACAAAGAAGCAUCAUCACCUACGUCAGAUCAAAGGUAUCACAGAACAAGAGGCGUUAUGUAGAUGAGGAUUUUAACCUUGACUUGACGUAUGUGACAAACCGUGUGAUUGCCAUGUCUUUCCCAGCCAGUGGCAGUCGCUCCCUUUAUCGUAACUCCAUUCAAGAGGUGGGAAGAUUCCUGGACAAGAUGCACUUUGGUCAUUACAGAGUCUAUAACCUCUGCUCCGAGAGAGAAUAUGAUACGAGUUAUUUCCACAAUCAAGUGCAGCGGAUUCUCAUAGACGACCACAACGUUCCAAAGUUCACGGAUUUAGUUGACUUCUGUGAAGAUGCGUUCACUUGGAUAGAAGCUAGCCAGAAGAAUGUCAUUGUGGUGCACUGCAAGGGAGGGAAAGGUCGUACCGGAACCAUGAUCUCUGCCUGGUUGGUGAGGUCUGGUCUCUUUGAAGAGGCGAGGGAUAGCCUGGAUUAUUUCACGCUUCGGCGCACAGACAAGUCCAGAGGGAAGAAGACACAAGGUGUGGACACACCCAGUCAGAGUCGCUACGUUUGCUAUUACCAGCAACUGAUCGCUGUCAUGAACAGAAACUUACCACCACCAGUAGCAUUGAGAAUGACUAACUUGACACUGCAUGGGAUAUCAGGGCUUGGCAGAGGAGAUGGUUCAGACUGGAGGUUUGAAGUGUACCUUGGUGAGGAUAUCGUCUUUGAGUGCUCUCUAGACUCUCCCAAUGCGAACGUAACACGGAUUAAUUUCGACCAAAAUACAAGCAGUAUUGAAGUGGUAUUCACGCCAACUAAACCUGUUAUCUUAAUUGAUGAUGUCAAAUUCAAGUUUUACACCACCAACCGUUCCAUUCCCACUGACAGUGAUAAGUGUCAUUUCUACUUUUGGUUUCAUACCACGUUCAUUGAAAAUAACAGGUUCUUCCUGGAGCGAGAAGAAUUAGACAAUCUCCAUAAGUCCAAACUGCACAGGUACUACCCGGUCGGGUUCGCUGUGGAGAUGGCGUUUGAGAGAUCAAGUGACUUGAGUGGUACCUACUCUGUGAUCGAAAAUAGACCGACUGGGAGUGCCUUAUCAGUAGACUAAGUGUUUAGUGUGGGUGGAUUGUUCUAAUGGCUUAUUAUGAUUUCUACGUCUCUAGCUAUCUCACAACAUUUUUAUCACCCAAUUUAAUUUGGAACUUGGCUUGUCGCAUGGUUACACCCUGUUUUAUUAAUGAAAUGUUUACAGUUUGA